CGGGGUAGAGUGAGCACAGGCGCGUCUGACUCUCCCGUCACACGCUCAAAACACGCACUCCCUCAAGAGCACCCUUCUUGUCCUGUGAGAGAAAAUGAUCGAAUUUUGAGUUGCAUUUCGAUAAAUAACUCGGCUGCUGCAUGAAGCGGGCUUGAGGCUCACGUUGUGGGAUCGGAGUCCUUCAGCAAUCACAGGAUACCACAACCACCAGCAGAGGUAGUGUCAGCGCUGAGUGUCUGGCCGGCCCCCUGGUCCACACCCAGGCCGGUGUGGACCACCAGUGGACGUGUGUGGACCACCAGUGGACGUGUGUGGACCACCAGUGGACGUGCGUGGACCACCAGUGGACGUGUGUGGACCACCAGUGGACGUGUGUGGACCACCAGUGGACGUGUGUGGACCACCAGUGGACGUGUGUGCACGCCAGCUUGUAAGCCGUCCCUUCUCAGCCUUAAGACAGGUGCUACCUAAAUCCCUAGCAUCCAUCCACUUCUUACCCCUCUCCAUCCCCCUUCGCUCCCUCCCCUCUCUUCCAGCUUACUAUCCCCCCUCACCACCUCAGCUCAAGCAGCAAGGGCCCCGAUCAACUCAGCAGGCUUGACCUUAGUGCCACAUAGCCGUCCAAUCAGCACACACCUAGCAUCUGCUUGGCAACCAAUGCCAGGUGCCAGAGGCCACAUGGCACCCUGGCAGCGAGGAGGGACGUGAAUUAUCCACAGGUGUGAUUUGGGCCGUCAGCGCGGUUCCCACGGUCAAGAUGGACGGCCGGUACACGGUGCUCUUCGUGGCUCUCGCCCUUAUGUCGCUCGAGACGAUGAAAGCUCUGACGCUGAGGAGCGAGAACACCGGGUCAGACGUCGAGGUGGGGGGACUGCCCAGGAUCGUGGGAGACUUUCACAAUGUGACAGUCCCACUGGGACGAGACACUAUCCUCCCGUGCACUGUGGAAAACCUCCAGGGUUUUAAGGUGGCUUGGGUGCAGGUGGACACCCAGACGGUGCUGACGAUCCACACCCACGUCAUCACCAGGAACCCGAGGAUCUCCCUCCUGCACAACGACAACCGCUCCUGGCACCUCUACCUCAGCAACGUCAGGGAGAAGGACAGAGGCUGGUACAUGUGUCAAGUCAACACCGACCCAAUGCGCGACCGCCAGAGCUACCUGGAUGUUGUGGUGCCUCCGGAUAUCAUAGACAGGGAGUCAUCCGGUGACCUCGUCAUCCGGGAGGGAGAUGAUGUGACCCUCACCUGUCGAGCCAGAGGUCACCCGACGCCUGGGGUAGUGUGGCGCCGUGAGGAUAGUCAAGACGUUGUCCUGGAGGAAGGCAGGACAGUGGGGGAGGUGGUGGGAGACACGCUGACGAUGAAGAAAGUAUCGCGGCUGCAGAUGGGGUCUUACCUGUGUAUCGCCCACAACGGCGUCCCUCCCUCCGUCAGCAAGAGGACCCAUCUCACAGUACAGUUUCCACCAAUGAUGUGGGUGCCGCAGCAGCUGGAGGGCGCCCAGCUGGAGCAGCAGCUGACCAUCGAGUGCCACACUGAGGCCUUCCCCAGGAGCAUCAACUACUGGACCAACCCCAGCGGCGAGAUGAUCGUCCCAGGACCGCAGUUCGAGCCAGUGACGACGGAGGACAGCUCCUACAAGGUUCACAUGAAGCUGAGGAUGCUGCUCCUGCACCAUCAUGACUUCGGCAGAUACCACUGUGUCGCCAAGAAUCCCCUAGGCGAGGCGAACGGCGCUGUGCUCGUCUAUGCUGUCGAGAAGUACGAAAAUUCGUCACGUCCAAAGGGAAUUAACAACCUUAGAGAGGGUUUGCCGCAAGGAAAUAUUGAGGGGGAAGAAACUGUGGGCCAGGACGCUCCCCCAGAGGGGAGACAGAGCGGACCGGUGGACCACCGCGGGCCAGCUGGCCAGGAGAGUGGAGCCAUGGCCCACCGGUCCACCACCAGCACCCAGAUGGUAGUGAUCGUCCUGGGAAUAGGAAUACCAAUAUUAGGAAGAGCAUCGUGUCUCCAUAUGACGUAACUCUAGUGUUUGGUGUGUCAGAAGUACGUCAUAUUACCAUUACAGUAAUUAUUAAGUAAUAUUGCCAAUGUUAACAACAAUAAUUAUAGCUACAAAUAAUUAAUAAUACAAAAUACAAUAAUACACCUUCCAUAUGCCAUGAUAUAUGUACUAAUGUGACUGGUAUUAAGCCUCUUAGAUAAUGUAACUCGCGCGGUACUGUACAUUGAUGUUAUAUUAAAGAGUAAUGAUAUAAUAUGA